UGACAUUGCCUGAUCGGCACAAGCUAGAGAUCCCAAAAGGAAAUACGAAGGAUCCCUGCAGGGAGUCUAGAGAUUUGGGAGCUUGUUUUCUGAUCUCUUUAUGAAAAUGGAUACACCAGAUACCCUCCUGUUUGCUGUGAAGGAUUAUGUUGCCAGAGCUGGAUUACCUCCUAAAGAUCGCUUGGAUAGCUUUGGGGCCAGAUCAAACAUUGUAGGGAAGCUGAAUAAUGUCAGUAAGUUUGCCUUUAACCCAGAAGGGGUGCUGUUUGCUGUGCGUGGUACAGAACUCUUCACGGGAGCUAUGCCUUCAAAUCCAAACGUGGACUGGUUCUCUACUGCCAAGAGAGUUGGCAAAUCUGACUGGGAUAGGUUUAAAUUUGUCUUCUUUGAUCCAAAUGGUCUUCUGUAUGCAGCUACCAAGAAUGGGGAGUUCUACAAGGGUCCAGCACCAAGCAAUGAAAAUGUGUCCUGGCUUUAUGGCCAAGCCACCAAAAUAGGAACCGACGGAUGGAAUGACUUUUACGCCCUUUUCUUUGACCCUAAAGGCAUCUUGUAUGCAGUGACAAAGGAUGACAAGCUUGUGAUGAGAAGCCCCCCAACCAAAGCAAAUGAUGAAUGGCUUCGCUCCAGCACAACCAUUGGAAAUGGAGGCUGGUGCAUCCUGACCCACUUCAUGGCUUUCUCCCCAGAGUUUGACUUGUGGUGUGUGGAUUCAAAGAAUGGCAACAUCUAUAAAGGCCGAGCCCCAACUGUUGAUAAUACCAGCUAUGUGAAGAAUGCACAGAAUCUGGGCUGGGAUUACAAUCAAUACCCCCUCCUUUCCUUCACAACUGAUAAAACCAUCCAAAGCAUUGUGAGCCUUGAAUUCCUUCCAGAUUCAGGGAAAGUCCUAUCCCAAGGCACAGAGGUGGUGCAGAGCCAGAUCUAUGUGAACAAGAGCAGCACUCCAUUAAAGCACACUUUCUCGUUCUCAAAGACCAUGAAAGAGAGCAGCACCUUCAGCCAGGAACAUGGAUUCACAGUCUCUGUUGGUGCAGAGAUGAGCUUUAAAGCUGGAGUCCCGUUCAUAGGGGAAACAGAGUCAAAGAUUUCCAUCAAUAUGAGCACAACUCAUACCUGGAACUUCUCAAAGACCAAUGAAACCCAGACUACCUUCUCCUCCAGUACAGAUGUGGAGGUACAAGGUGGACAUUCAAUACGCAUGGUGGCAUCUGUGACCAAGGGAGAAAUGGAUGUGCCUUACCGUGCCAAGAUCCGCACCUUGUUUGGUUAUGAGACCACCAUCCAGGGAACAUGGAAAGGGGUCACUCACUAUAAUCUGAUGGUCACCCAGGAAGACUACAAACCCCACAGAAGGAAAUUUCGGGCCCUCAGGAGACAAGGCAAGGAUUCCUACACAGAGUGGGCAUUUCGUAUGCAACGUGCUGCCAGUAAGACUACCUUAGAAGAUGAAGUACAAUUAAUGCUGCUAGAGCAGUUUUAUGACUACACUCCAGUUGAGGUUAGAGACUGGGUCAAAGACAGGAAGCCACAGACCAUGGAAGAGGCAGCAAGGUUAGCAGACGAAUUUCACGAGAGCAGACGGCUGGAUGGAAAUCGAGGGUUCACCGGAUCUCGACCCUCAACUGGUCCUAUAGCUACCCCGCACAGGGUAACCCCACUGGUGAGCAACCCUACAACCACUGGAUAUCAAAAGACCGCCCCCAUGUGUUAUGGGUUCAAGCAAGUGGGACACAUUAAACCCAAUUGCCCGCAACGUGCUACAGACCGCUGGGGGCGAACACCAGUCGCACCAACAAAAGCAGCUGCACACUGUGUACAAGAGGAUUACAACCCCCCUGCUCAAGGGUCGCCCAGUAACAAUACGGAAAAUUGGUCCACGUUACAUGAAGUGAAUCCCAUACAAACUGCUGGAGAUAACCGGUCUCACCACCGUCAGUCCGUGAAGUUAAAUGGACAAGAAGCUAGAGGGCUGAGAGACAGCGGGGCUACUAUUACCCUGGUACAACCUCACCGGGUCAAACCUUUGCAGCACACAGAGCGCACCAUUGCUGUAAGGGUAGCCGGAGGGGCAAUACAUAAACUUUCAACGGCUCGAGUACACAUUGCUUGGGGUACUGGGGCCAAGUCUGUUGAAGUGGGCAUCAUGCCAGAUUUACCAGCCGAAGUAUUGUUGGGAAAUGAUUUAGGGUUCUUGAUGUCCCAAUUGAUAGCACCCAGCCCAGAAGGAGCGUUACCUGUCACUACACGGCAGCAGUCCAGAGCUAUGGAGGCCUCCCCUUCAUCUGACGACCAGGUAAGCAAUAAACCCCUGACAGUUAACCCUGACCAUACAUCCUACUGGGGUACCCCUCGAGACUUUGGGCAAGCCCAGCGGGAGGAUCCCACACUAAGAGGGUAUCGGAGGGAGUUAAAGCCCAUACUAAGUUCACCCUAUCACCCACAGACGAAUGGCCUCUGUGAGCAUUUCAAUGGCACCCUUAAACAAAUGCUAAUCACGUUCACAGAGACCUGUCGGAAUUGGGAAAAGUUCCUUCCCCACCUGCUCUUUGCGUAUCGGGAAGUACCUCAGGAGUCUACCGGAUUCUCCCCGUUUGAACUGCUAUAUGGGAGACGGGUCUGGGGACCACUAGACCUGGUACGGGAGCAUUGGGAAGGAGAUAUGGGAGACACAGGUACCCCUGUAGUAACAUUUGUACUGGAGCUGAGGGACCGUCUGCAGGCUCUGACCGAAAUGGUUCGGGAGAAUAUGCGGGCGGCCCAACGGCAACAGAAGCGCUGGUAUAAUAAGGGGGCUAGGGACCGUAUACUGAAAGUAGGACAAAAGGUACAUAUAGGUAUGCUCAGCUCUCUUCUGUUACCGGGACCUCAUAUGGAUCACUUGCCUCAUCUACUGGGGUUUAAUCUGGUGGUGGUACGACAAGCAAUUCCUCCAAAGGAUAGUUAUGCUGCCAUCCAUGGGUUGGGACCAGAUGAAUGUAGUCCUCUGGUUACCAAUAUGACUCAACCCAUGUCACGCCAGAAAGUUUUGCUUCCUUCCUCAGGGGAACAGUGGAUUCCCACACUGCAUCAACCAGCCAGCGGCACCACAACUGCUGGAAGCUUCAUGGCAUGCAGUGUAAAUUCUUACAGUACACCCGAUACCCUCCUGUUUGCUGUGAAGGAUUAUGUUGCCAGAGCUGGAUUACCUCCUAAAGAUCGCUUGGAUAGCUUUGGGGCCAGAUCAAACAUUGUAGGGAAGCUGAAUAAUGUCAGUAAGUUUGCCUUUAACCCAGAAGGGGUGCUGUUUGCUGUGCGUGGUACAGAACUCUUCACGGGAGCUAUGCCUUCAAAUCCAAACGUGGACUGGUUCUCUACUGCCAAGAGAGUUGGCAAAUCUGACUGGGAUAGGUUUAAAUUUGUCUUCUUUGAUCCAAAUGGUCUUCUGUAUGCAGCUACCAAGAAUGGGGAGUUCUACAAGGGUCCAGCACCAAGCAAUGAAAAUGUGUCCUGGCUUUAUGGCCAAGCCACCAAAAUAGGAACCGACGGAUGGAAUGACUUUUACGCCCUUUUCUUUGACCCUAAAGGCAUCUUGUAUGCAGUGACAAAGGAUGACAAGCUUGUGAUGAGAAGCCCCCCAACCAAAGCAAAUGAUGAAUGGCUUCGCUCCAGCACAACCAUUGGAAAUGGAGGCUGGUGCAUCCUGACCCACUUCAUGGCUUUCUCCCCAGAGUUUGACUUGUGGUGUGUGGAUUCAAAGAAUGGCAACAUCUAUAAAGGCCGAGCCCCAACUGUUGAUAAUACCAGCUAUGUGAAGAAUGCACAGAAUCUGGGCUGGGAUUACAAUCAAUACCCCCUCCUUUCCUUCACAAUUGAUAAAACCAUCCAAAGCAUUGUGAGCCUUGAAUUCCUUCCAGAUUCAGGAAAAGUCCUAUCCCAAGGCACAGAGGUGGUGCAGAGCCAGAUCUAUGUGAACAAGAGCAGCACUCCAUUAAAGCACACUUUCUCGUUCUCAAAGACCAUGAAAGAGAGCAGCACCUUCAGCCAGGAACAUGGAUUCACAGUCUCUGUUGGUGCAGAGAUGAGCUUUAAAGCUGGAGUCCCGUUCAUAGGGGAAACAGAGUCAAAGAUUUCCAUCAAUAUGAGCACAACUCAUACCUGGAACUUCUCCAAGACCAAUGAAACCCAGGCUACCUUCUCCUCCAGCACAGAUGUGGAGGUACAAGGUGGACAUUCAAUACGUAUGGUGGCAUCUGUGACCAAGGGAGAAAUGGAUGUGCCUUACUGUGCCAAGAUCCGCACCUUGUUUGGUUAUGAGACCACCAUCCAGGGAACAUGGAAAGGGGUCACACACUAUAAUCUGAUGGUCACCCAGGAAGACUACAAACCAUGAGAUGGAUAUGACUUCAAAUUCUGCCAUGGAAUCCUCCUGCAUGCCACCUGAUAAGGGCAUGAUGGCAACAGUUCUGUUCACGGUCUAAUUUAAAUGGCUUUGAAUGUUUAGCUGAAAUGUCAUGUUUUGGUUAAUAAA